UAACGGAUUGGAGUAUUGAAACCCGAGAGAAGUGGCCUGUUUUCAACUUUUUACACACAGUGAUUAUUAGUUAUUUGGAGAGCACAAGACUACUGCUUUGAAUUAUAAAAAAUAAAUGCUAUAUACCAACCUGUCUACUUGACAAAUAGGCUACAGAAGACAUUCUCAUGGUGCUCUCUUUAUUUGCUCCUACUGGAGUAAGGAAAAGGUGUUCGUAAAAGUGCUGAAUGUCACCUCCAGUUCAAAUGGAUUAUAACAAGAGCAUGGCUCCUCCAGUGCCGCCGCACAAACCCAAAACUACCCGGACAGGCGAGGCUCAGGAGCGGGUGUUGAAGUGCGUACUACUCGGCGAUGGAGCGGUUGGGAAGACCAGCCUGGUUGUCAGCUACACAACGAAUGGCUAUCCAACGAAAUACGUCCCCACUGCGUUUGAUGACUUUUCAGGUGAGCCAGUUAAAACCAUUUAUUGUGGCACGAUUCUUGGACAAAAAUAAUUACAGAUUUGCGUCCUAUAGACAUCAAAUCUGCAACUUCCCAGCCAGAUAAAAUAAUAAACAUAAAACAUGUUUUCUGAUGCACAUUGCUACAUUGAUUUUGACUAUGGGCCAACACCCAUAUAUUGCACAUUGCUACAUUGCAACAAAACCUUAAUUGACCAUAGUGAACAUCUCUGUUAUAUUGUAACGGAGAAAUGCGCUGGCUCUCCCUUGCAGCCACCCAUUCUGCGGAACGAAUCACCUAACUUUUCUUCUUUCAUUUUGCUGACCUCGAGGCUAACAGCAGCGACUGUCUGUCUGCAGGUCUUUGUAUUAUUGCACACAAAUUAUAAGCCCUGGUCAUUUUACACGCCCUGGCCUGUUGUAUUUUCCAGUUGGCAGAAUUCCAUUUUCCAAAACGCUGCCACCAGCAAAUGUUUGUCUAAUGUACAAAACAGUGGAAAACUUCAACAGCAUACUUGUUGAAACUAACCUCCUUUGGCAGGUGAUGAAAACGCCCGCACACACUGACGUUAUCGUGUCAUUAUUGCAGGAGAGGCCUAUCCUUCCUUUUGAAGUUUUCCCUAUAAACCUUGAUCUCAGGAAACCUCCAACAAAACACAAUGUAUGAAAGGUUUGAAUGAGAAUAUUGCAUAUUUUAAUAGGCUUAUACACACACUAAUAUCCAUCCCUCCCUCACUGCCCUCAGAAAUCCAAGUCUUAGGCCUAAACUGAACAGAACAUGCUUGUUGAACAUGCUUGGUUUUAGAUUGCACAACUCUGGCCAUUGUUGUCAGCCUUGACCUAAAAGCCCUGUCUCUGCUAUAAUGAAAUGGGCACAUCUGUUUCAAUGGCUCUGAGCAGAGAUUGUCUUUCACCCCCAUGACAGAGAGGGAUUGUGCAGUUGGGGCCCCAUUUGAUGAUGUCAUGUAUCUGUCCCUGGAAUCAGAGCCCUCUUUUGAAAGCUGAUUUCUGGGCAGUUAUGCAAUUCCACAGGUGACACUUGGGGUAGAAGAAAGAGGGAGGGAGAGAUGGAGAGAGGGGAGGACAGAGUUUUGGCCCAAAGUAGAAUACAAGGCAGAUCAUAUGUCAGGGAUUUGGGAAUGAUUGCACAAUGGGCCCCUGGUUUAAUGAGGAGUAGUCCAAUGCUGCGGCGGACUAGUCCCCGCAGCUCUUUGAUCAGGUGGUGUGACCGUAUACCUCGGGCGCAUUGUAAACGCUUCCAUAAGCUUCACCACAUUGGGCUCUUUUGAAACAUAGCAUAUAAUGAAACUGCUAGUGAUAUUACUCAUAGCACUCUUCCAAUCUGGAGAGAGCUAUUGGGAGAGUCACUAAACAAACAAAACGGAUUUGUUUUCCUCUGUAGAUGGCUUGGCAGGGCUUUCAAAGCUUGAAAGAACACAGAAUAUGGUAUUGAAGAGAGUAGUUAUUGCCUUUACGUGGGCGAAUGGGUGGGCGAGACGAGGCCGCCACUCUGAGUUAGGGGGAUGGAUGAGGUUUCUGUCAACUGUGUCCAGGGGGUAUGAAGUACGUCAAACUGGCUUGCCUUUGUUUUUCCCAGAGGAUAUUUUGGUGGGCUGGUCUCUCCUCUGUCAGAGGUCUGUCUCUCCCUCUCUGUGUGAGUAUGUUUGUUUAAAGUGUCUGGUGGAGCAAUGUGGAGGCAGAUGGGACUAUAGCCCUGCUGACAGCAGCUGAUUUAACACUCUCUCUCUCUCGCUCCCACAGCGGUGGUGCAGGUGGAUGGACACCCUGUGAGACUACAGCUCUGUGACACUGCUGGACAGGUGAGAACCACAGCCUCACAUCGACAUGCAGCAGAGCAACACUCCACAUACUACAUAUAGUGCUUCCACAUGGUCUGCUUCGCCAGUUGGUGCUGCAUCGCUGCGUUCACCACUCUCUGUCACAUGCAUGUACGCCCAGAGGAGAAAUUAUGCUGAGCACCACUGAACUUCCCCAACGGUCAUUCUCCUUCUUCUGCUUGGUUCUCAUACAUGUCACAUGAUUUUAGUGUCAGAGACAGUGUUGGCAUUUGUCCACCACUCUUGCAUGCCGUCUUUGCUGGCGGGUAUUGCUCAAGGCAACAUUCUGGGGCACCGUCUUAUUUCCCAGGCUCUCCCACAACUCUGUGGCAGCUGUGGGGCCCGCUGGUUCUCCUGAGAAUGUCUCUACCACCCCCCCCCCCCACCCCCUCCCAGAGAGAGAUGAAUUCCUUGGCUCUGCUGCCACCAGGCAAAUCCAUUGGCAUAGCUUUUGGGGAUGGGGGUUGAGAGGAAGGAUUUGGAAAUGGUGAGAGGUGAUAGAACGGCGUGAACUCAUUAGAACAGAACAGAUCUGGGGUGACCGCUAAGAGGGAGGGAGACGUCACUAUCGCAGCAGGUAGCUGUUAAUGCAUGUUUAUUUAUCUUGUCUUGUUCUGCUGUCUCCCUCUCAUCCCCUCACCCCCUCUCUCUGUAGUUGUGCAGGCAUAGGCAGGCAUGGUUGGUGUAACUGAGAGUUGUGCCCCUGAGCUCUGAGUGUCAUGCCAAGCCAUUUUAACAUGGUUAGAUUGUUCUAGAAAGGGAACAGGUUGUGAAAGCCGUGGUGUUUUCUCUUUGGGCAUGGGUGGUGUCGUAAUCUCAUUCUAUAGCUACAACCAAGCCCAGAGAGCAAAGUAUAGUUUAGUUGAUUGGGAUCCCCAUUAGCUACUGCACAUGCAGCAGCUACUCUUCCUGGGGCCCACGUAAAACAUACAAAUACAUGACAAAGUACAGAACAGUAAUAGACAAGAAGAACAUAAGAUAUUACAUUAAAUUCAAAAUAUACAGUACCAGUCAAAAGUUUGAACACCUACUCAUUCCAGGGUUUUUCUUUAUUUGUACUAUUUUCUACAUUGUAGAAUAAUAGUGAAGACAUCAAAACUAUGAAAUAACACACAUGGAAUCAUGUAGUAACCAAAAAAGUAGCCACCCUUUGCCUUGAUGACAGCUUUGCACACUCUUGGCAUUCUCUCAACCAGCUUCACCUGGAAUGCUUUUCCAACAGUCUUGAAGGAGUUCCCACAUAUGCUGAGCACUUGUUGGCUGCUUUCCCUUCACUCUGCGGGCCAACUAAUUCCAAACCAUCUCAAUUGGGUUGAGGUCGGGAGAUUGUGGAGGCCAGGUCAUCUGAUGCAGUACUCCAUCACUCUCCUUCUUGGUAAAAUAGUCCUUACACAGCCUGGAGGUGUUGGGUCAUUGUCCUUUUGAAAAACAAAUGAUAGUCCCACUAAGUGUAAACCAGAUGGGAUGGCAUAUCGCUGCAGAAUGCUGUGUGAGCCAUGCUGGUUAAGUGUGCCUUGAAUUCUAAAUAAAUCACAGACAGUGUCACCAGCAACGCACCCCCACACCAUCACACCUCCUCCUCCAUGCUUCACAGUGGGAACUACACAUGCAGAGAUCAUCCGUUCACCUACUCUGCGUCUCACAAAGACACAGCGGUUGGAACCAAAAAUCUCAAAUUUGGACUCAUCAGACCGAAGCACAGAUUUCAACCGGUCUAAUGUCCAUUGCUCGUGUUUCUUGGCCCAAGCAAGUCUCUUCUUCUUAUUGAUGUCCUUUAGUAGUGGUUUCUUUGCAGCAAUUCGAACAUGAAGGCCUGAUUAUUCUCUGAGCUGUUGAUGUUGAGAUGUCCCUGUUAGUUGAACUCUGUGAAGCAUUUAUUUGGGCUGCAAUUUCUGAGGCUGGUAACUCUAACUUAUCCUCUGCAGCAGAGGUAACUCUGGGUCUUCCUUUCCUGUGGCGGUCCUCAUGAGAGCCAGUUUCAUCAUAGCGCUUGAUGGUUUUUGCGACUGCACUUGAAGAAACUUUCAAAGUUCUUAAUUUUCCAAAUUGGCUGACCUUCAUUUCUUAAAGUAAUGAUGGACUGUCGUUUCUCUUUGCUUAUUUGAGCUGUUCUUGCCAUAAUAUGGACUUGGUCUUUUACCAAAUAGGGCUAUCUUCUGUAUACCACCCCUACCUUGUCACAACACAACUGAUUGGCUCAAACGCAUUAAGAAGGAAAUAAAUCCACAAAUUAACUUUUAACAAGACACAACUGUUAAUUGAAAUGCAUUCCAGGUGAUUACCUCAUGAAGCUGGUUGAGAGAAUGCCAAGAGUGUGCAAAGCUGUCAUCAAGGCAAAGGGUGGCUAUUUCGAAUCUACUGGUUCGAAUCCAGGCUCUGUCGUAGCCGGCCGCGACCGGGAGACUCAUGGGGCGGCGCACAAUUGUCCCAGCGUCGUCCAGGGUAGGGGAGGGAAUGGCUGGCAGGGAUGUAGCUCAGUUGGUAGAGCAUGGCGUUUGCAACGCCAGGGUUGAGGGUUCGAUUCCCACGGGGGGCCAGUAUGAAUUUUUUAAAAUAAUAAUGUAUGCACUCACUAACUGUAAGUCGCUCUGGAUAAGAGCGUCUGCUAAAUGACUAAAAUGUAAAUGUACUUUGAAGAAUCUCAAAUAUAAAAUAUAUUUUGAUUUGUUUAACACUUUUCUGGUUACUACAUGAUUCCAAAUGUGUUAUUUCAUAGUUUUGAUGUCUUCACAAUUAUUAUACAAUGUAGAAAAUAGUAAAAAUAAAGAAAAACCCUUGAAUGAGUAGGUGUGUCCAAACUUUUGACUGGUAGUUUAUUUAUAUAUAUAUAUAUAUAUAUAUAUAUAUAUGAGACAACAAAAAUACUAUUUACACACUUAAUAUAUUCAUAUUCUUAUAUACAGUACAAUUAAAUUAGAUCUUUAGAAAGAGGAGAGGUGCUGUGAUACAAUGUGUUUUUUAUCUGUUUUUUAAAGCUGAACUUGCUUUUUGCCUGAGUAACCUCUUGUGGCAGAGCAUUCCAUGAUGACAUGUGCGACGCAUUAAAUCUGUUUUUGGUUUGCGUACCGUGAAGAAACCCAUAGUGGCGUGUCUGGUGGAGUAUGUAUGUAUGUAUGUCUGUUUGAAGUGUAUGCAAAUAGAUUAUACAAGUGGUUAGGCAUUUUCAACACACAAAUGUUUCUUAAAAAGACUAGAAAAGAAAUAGUCAAUUUCUCCUCAACCCUCAACCAUGAAAGACUAUUAUGCAUGUUGUUGAUGUUAGUUCUGUGUGUGCAGUUAAGGGAAAGGCGUGCUGCUUUUUUUUUGAGUCAGCUGCAGCUUUGCUAGGUCUUUAUUUGCUUCACCUAACCAUAUUACCGGACAGUAAUCAAGAUGGGACACGAAUCAAAGCCUGAACAACUAGUACAGUUGAUCUUUGUUAAAAAUGUUUUACAUAUUUUUAUAACUGACAUGCCACUCCCCAUCAUCACAACAACUUUGUCAAUAUGACUUGACCAUGAUAAUUGACCAUCCAAUGUUACUCCUAGGAGUUCAGGUUAUUCAACUUGUUCAAUGGUCACACCCUUUAUGCACAACUCCAGUUGAGGUUUAGGUGUAAGAGAAAGCUUUGAACCAAAUGCAUUGCUUUUGGUUUUAGAUGUAUUUAAGACCAGUUCAUUAUUAAUUACCCAUUCUGAAACGGACUGUAAUGUGAUGUAAAGCCAUAUCAAGUUAGUUUUUUCAAUAACAAAUUAUGAUCAAUAACACCAAAGGCUGCACUAAAAUCUAACAAUACAGCUCCAACUGUCAUCUUAUUACCCAUUUAUUUUAGCCAAUCAUCUGAGUCAGUGCAGUACAACUUGAGUGCCCUUCACUUCUAUAUAUAUGUAUGUGUGUAUGUGUAUGUAUAAGUGAAGCUUACUAGCACCGUAGGGCACUGCCAGUAUUGUAAACACAAUCCCCACAUCCAAGUUGUUUUACCUAAGGAAACUUGACUGUGUUUGGUUGAGUGUAGCGUUCACAACCAUUGGAACGAACACAAGGCCCAAACACUUCCCAGCAUACAUGCACUGUAGUGAACUCCACACUGUUGUCUUAGGGCUGCACGGAUCUGCCCACUUUGUAUACAACGUCUAAAUCCCCCACCCUCACAGCCACAGAGAGCUGGGGCAAACACAGGCAGAUCAAGUCAACAAACACUUGCUGUAUAUGCACUUUCAUAACAGGAGAAUAGAUACCGCACCCUGAGAAAGCCUGAGAUAAACGAUAGCAACUGCUGCCAUGGCUGUUUGAAACUUUUUUUAUGAAAUGGCCUCUUGAAUCACUGAGAUUAGGAUCUGUACUUAUCUAUUUCGUAAUUAUUAUUAUGUUUUUUGAUCAGAUAUUAUGCAUUUUACCAACAUUUCCACAAAAUUCUCAUUAAAAAAAGUAAUAAACAAAUCAAUAUUUAUAAUAUUUAACAUUGCUCCACUAAUGAAAAGACCUGAGUUAAACAUAACACGGAAAAUAAAAAUAUGUCUAAUGAAAUUAUACAAUUAUUAUCAAAUCAAAUCGGACUUUUUCCCAAUUUGAGAUCUCUAGCCUUUUCGGUAAUGAAAUGGCCAAGUGUGGUAAAGGGGGUGUUUGAGAAUAAGAAACUUUUCUGAAGGCAUUUAAGCGAAUAAAUUAACUUAACUUGUGCUCAUCUAAGGACUACCCCUCUAGAUCCAUUAUGGGUGAAUAAAACUUUAUGGGUGAAUAAAACUUCAUUUAAAAACUGAUUGGCGUUUUUACAGGAACUUGAAAAAGUGGUAGGGUAAUGAGACCCAUGUCCACAAACACUGUUUGUACGUAAUAAAUAUUUUAGUUUAAUGUAAACUUCAACUUUUAAAUAAAAUGACUCAAAUUUAAUCUGGAUGCAUUUCAGUAAUGUGAAUUUGGGGUGAAAAUGUAAAAAAUUCAGGCGACAUUUUCAAAUGUAUUUAAAAUAAGACAGUUUCCCCAAAACUAAACAUCUUAGUCCUCAGAAUGAUAGUUGAUUUUUGUAGAGGCAUCAUAGUUUUGUAACUCAAUUUGCUAGACAUUUUAAAACUGGUUUCAUGAGAAUUACCCUGUUAAUUAAACAAAGUAACUCCUCACUCAGAAAGAUUGAUACAUUUUGUAUGUUAGCCAAUAUCUCUGCGCCAUCACCUCAGUUUGCAAACACUUAAGGCGAAAGUAUGAUUUGGAAAGAAAAAGCGUGUAAAAAGACUAUUCCACUCAGAGGCUCCUGGAUAUAAAAAGGUACCUUUCAUGUCAGGCGUCUGAAAAGGGUUAAAGAGUGUGUACUCAAGGAUGUGGGGAGGCCCUUGUUACCCAAAGCUCUGUGGCUCCUCAGUGUUAAUUUGGGAAAUCAGUGUGAUAUAAAAGAGGAGGUUGGGCUUUACCGCUCAACAUAAACAGACUUUUCUCACACAGUUUGUUAUGGAAAGAUUAUCACCACCAUUUAUAUUCCACUGACAUUCUGCCUGCUUGGUAUGCAUUGACCUAUAAAGCGAUUACUGAAAUGUGUUGGUGUGAAACUGGUUUGUUUAUGUGUGAACCUUGAAGUGAAAAACAUCACACAGUAGAGUUGGUAAACUCAACUAACUAGGGAUUAGGUGCUUUGGAAAAUGUUUGUAAUACCUUGAUGUAUUUUAUAUAACAUCAUCCGUGCUUGGAUCUGAAAAACCUUAAGACGAUUAAUUCCAGUAUCCAGCAGAAUUUGAGUUUUGAAAUAAUAUUUUAGAAGUGAACUUAUGCUCACUGCUGAUCUAUCCACUCUCCCACUCCAUCUGUCUUCUUCAUUCUUCUAUAAACAGAUUUUUUUAUUUUUUAUAUAUAGUUGCCUAAACAAAUUCUCCCGUACGCUUUUUUCCCCUUCUACACUUGUUUGUCAAUGAUUAUGCCAAGUCAACCAUUUUCAAGAUACUCAGUUCACCAUUUGUUUGGGUUCACAUGUAAUGGGAUUGGCCCUGUGUUGUUAUGCUGAAUGCCAACCCUCAAAAUCACCUAACACUCGUCCCUUCUAUGCUCAUGCGGGUGAUAGCGAUGAGAGCGCAUAUAGAGACGAGAGAGCCUGAGCGAGAGUCGAGAGCGAGGAGCUAUCUAUAUCUCUCUCUCUAUCGCUCUCUCUCUCUCUCUCUCUCUAUCCUCUCUCUCUCUCCCUCUCUCCUCUCUCUCUCACUCUCUCUCUCUCUCUCCUCAGGAUGAAUUCGAUAAACUCCGUCACUUCUGCUACUCGCGCACCGACACCCUCCUCCUCUGCUUCAGUGUGGUCAGCCCUGCCUCCUUCCAGAACGUCUGGGAGAAGUGGGUCCCCGAGAUCCGCCGGCGCUGCCCGCUCGUGCCCAUGCUGCUGGUGGGAACCCAGUGUGACCUGCGCGAGGACGUCAAGGUGUUGAUCGAGCUGGCCCGCCGGAGGGAGAGGCCCGUGGCCGAAGUGGACGCCCGUAGCCUAGCGGACAAAGUGGGCGCUGUGGCAUAUGUGGAGUGCUCGGCGCUCACCCAGAAGAACCUGAAGGAGGUGUUUGACGCGGCCAUCGCCGUGGGGAUGAAGCACGCCGAUAGGAGGGCGCGGCGGGAGAGGAAGGUGCGCAGCACGGCCGAUAAGAUGAAGACACUGUCCAAGUCGUGGUGGAAGAAGUACGUCUGUAUCCAGUAGAGAGAGAAGAGGAGAGGGAUAUUGACUAUGACUAUGAAACUGGGACUGGAAAUGUGUUCAGACGAGCCUAUGUUGUUCAUAUGGACUGAAUGACUUCUGUCUUAGCUCCGCUCACAUGACCCCACGUUGGUCAAAAUUAGGGUUGCAAAAAAACAGGAACUUUCAAUUAAUUCCCUGGUUUUCCCGAAAUCCCAGUUGGAGGAUUCCCAAAAUCAGAAGGGAAUAGGCAGGAAAUCGGGAAUCUUCCAACCAGGAUUUCUGGA